AUGCAACAAUUUGGAGGCCAGCUGCCAUAAAUCCCACUGAAGAAGAAGAAGAAGAAGAAGCAGAAGCUCGCCAAGCAGAAAUUGAUAGCAUAAAAUGAUACUUGCAGCUUCCUAAAUGCACAUGUACAAUGGAAUCUCCCGAUGUGACAUUCACUUUGGCUUAUAUAGUGUUUACGUUUUGUUUCGUGUUCACCCCAAACGAGUUUCGGUCGGCGGGUUUGACCGUCCAGAACCUGUUCUCCUCCUGGCUGGGCAGUGAGGACAUUGGCUUCAUUCAGUACCACGUUAAGAGGAGCAGUCUUACCCUUCUGGUCCAUUCUUCAAUACCCCUUGGGUACUAUGCUGGGAUGUGCAUAGCUGCUCCAGAGAAGAACCUGCCAUACAUCAACCAGGUGAGCGCCGGCUGGCAGGCCUUCCUCGGCCUGUCGCUCUCUCUGCAGCUGCUCAGCGUGGGGCUGAUCUUCUACUGGUCGCGCUGCCGCUGGUCCAACCAUCCAAUCAGCAGGGCUCUGCAGGUCCACACUGGUCCCCAGUGGGCGGGGUGGGGUGCCGUGGCAACAAGCAUCAACACAGAGUUCAGAAGGAUUGACAAGUUUGCCUCGGGAGCUCCCGGAGCAAGGGUCAUUGUGACGGACACCUGGGUGAUGAAGGUGACAACAUAUUACGUCCAUGUGGCCCAACAGACCGACGCCCACCUCACGGUGACGGAGUCCAGACAGCACCAGAUGAGCCCAGAUUCAGGGACCCCCACUCAGACCCUGACCCUUAGAGUGGCCAGCAUCAACCAAGCUGUGAAUCCGUUUGAUAUCAGGUUGAUGUCCACAGAGUACAGCGAGCUGAGGGAGAAGCUGCACGCUCCGAUCAGAAGUGCUGCCAACGUAGUGAUACACCAGACCAUCAGCGACCGCUUCUUAGACACCUUCAGAGCUCAGGCUGACCUCAACCAGCCCUACCUGCUCCCCAGUGAGAUGGAGGUAGAGCUCUGUAUUGGCUGUAUGCAGGUCCCUGCUGGAGCUAAGCUGAUCAGGCUCUGCUGUGAAGAAGGUUAUGACAGCGGCUCUGAGUGCCGGCAGUGCUUCUGCAGACCCAUGUGGUGCCUGUCCUGUCUGGGCCGCUGGUUCUCCAGCCGCCAGGACCAGGACCGGCCGGAAACCUGGUUGGCCAGCAGCGUGCCAUGCCCCACCUGCAGGUCCAAGUUCUGCAUCCUUGACGUGUGUCUGGUCCGCUGACCCAGCCCCCCGCUGAGAGGGGAGGGGCCGCUCACCUGUUCAGCUCCCAGCUGAGAGAGGGGAGGGGCCGCUCACCAGCUCAGCCCCCCGCUGAGAGAGGGGAGGGGCCGCUCACCUGCAGACGUGUUGGUUGUGGAUGUUUUAUGCAUUUUCUCUUCACCGAAUGGAACUUAAACAGUGGAGCUUCAAAAUGGUUUCUAGAAAACUAAACAUUGAGCUCUACAAUAAGUACUGUAGUACUGCACAGUAGUGUACUGUAGUACUAUACAGCUUGGUGUAAAUUAUCUCUAUGUAAACAUUUGUGGAGAGAUGAGUACAUGAAAUAUAAUUGCAAUCAUUUAUGUGUCUACAAUUGUAUAUUCACAAUGUUUAGACUUCAUAGACUUUAUAUACAGUGUUAUUUUGAUACGGUUCAAUGCAUGGCUGAACAAUGCUCAAUGCAGGGGAUACAAUUAAAUUAAAACCUCAUUCUGUUAUUUGUAUUGGAUGCAUCUUUUUAUGUACAUUAAAACAAUGCUUCAGAAUGGAGAAUAUUUCCAAUGUCCUUAUUCAGAAUGAUGAUUUGAUUGGUUGACAUCUUUGUAUUCGGUUGUGCUGCUUCGCCUCUUGAUUGGUUGACCAGCAGCUAAACGUCACAGGACUACCUCUUCCGGUCACGUUACCAUUGUUGACGUAGCGCGGGUUUUCUUUUCACUUUUGCGCACACAUUCUUUUCCCGCCACACUGUUCGCGUCACACACACAGACACUGCAGAGUCCAGACAGUACUUCAGUGUGGAACCACCGCAAAGACAUUUAAAAAGAGAAAUGUCUUUUAGAUCAAAAAAUGGACGCUCUGCUGCCGAAAGCAAAGAAUCUGAAAACCGGGAUAGCGGCCCAUCACCGUGGUCUCAGAGCAGGAAGAGGGGUGCCGAUGGCAGCCUGAGGAACAAGAGGGAGGAGAACGAUGAGAAGGUCCCAAAACUCCCAGACGACAGACCUGCCAGGUAAGUCUCAGAACCAGCUGUUUUGUACUCGAGUUGAUUUUCUUCCAAGCCCCAUGAGAUAAUCAAUAGAAACACUGGAAUGAGAUUAACUAGCCGAUUCAGAUGGAUUAUUUGGAUUUAUCGUGUGUGUGUGUGUGUGUUAGGGCUUCGACUUUUGCCCAAAAAUCAUAUUCGAAGUUCGUUUGUUUAUUAAUAUUCGAAUAUGUUCGAAUAUUUAUUAAUAAUAUUUUGACCAGUAAGACCUGGGCUGAAUCCGAAUACUUGGUACACUAUUUCUGUUCAGUGUCUACCACAUGACCGUACUACACUUCAGCUAUGCGUAGAACGCCUCUGAAACUCAACCGGAUGUUUGGAGAUGACGUAUCUCCAGUGUUGUUUUCGUCAGGCAAGACGAAAACGAAAAUGACGUUGUCAGACCCCUUUUUUCCAUGACGAAAAUGAGACUAAGACGAACGUCACCAAAGCCAUAUAAAGACUAAAAUGUGACGAAAAAUGUAGACAUUUUCGUCAGACGAGAACUAGACGAGACUAAAUUGUUAGUGAGAGCAUGUGAGCGGAGCGUGGAGUGGGUGGUGGAGCGGAAGAAAUACGUUGGAGCGGGUUGGAGCGCAGAGCGGUUUUAAAUUCAAAGGCCGGAGCGGGGAUUUCACUCCGCUCCAGUCCGCUCUAGUCCGCUCCGUUUUUAACUGCUUCUAGCGGCUUACAUGUAGGUGGUUCACGUAGAAUAGAAUGGGUUUCAAUGGGAGCAUCCAAGCAACCUG